UCGCCUAAAUUCGGGUACGGUGCAGCACGAGUCCCGAACAGUGCCCAAAAACCCACACCGAAGAUCAGGAAACCGCGUGAAAGGUGUCGAAUACGGUGAACGGGAAGGGGAAACCCUGAUCCGUAUGCAAAAAAAGGUGCACAUGGUCGAAGCAGGAGCCACACGUGCUGACAGCUUUCCCCAGAGAGUACUACAAAAUCUGUGUUUCCUACUCCUCACGAGCACCUAACAAGGCCUUGAAUCCCAUAAAGCUUUCAAUGCUGUGGGUUGCCGGUGGGCUUUUAUUCUUGUCUCUCUUUCCUUUCCUCCUCAGUGUGUGAAUGUGUUUUCCUCUCUCCUCCCGUGUGUCCAUCGUCCUCGUGCGAGCUUAGUUUACUACCUGUGGAUGUCCACGAGUCUGUGUACAACAUUCUGAUUAGCAGCAUUGACCCUCUUGUUUCCAGCAGUUUUUUUUGUUCAUACUAAUUUGUGGCCAAUUUCUUCGUGCAAGCCAGUUGCUCCGUGAACGUCUGGAACUCCCUGCAACAAAAACCCUAGUAGCGUUGACAAUGAUUCUUGAAAUAGACGUCGCCAUCAACUUUCUUCUGUCGUAUUGUUACAGCCAGUUGGACCGCGAGAAAGCUGAUGCCUUCAAACGAGACCUGUCCAACAUCCUGACCAAGAACUACACUGGGCACUGGUACCCGACCAACUCGCAGAGGGCCAGCGCUUAUCGCGCCCUGCUGGUGUCUCCCGGUGUCCUGGAUCCGGCGAUCGUCGCGGCGGCGGAGUGCAGCCAGAUCGCGCUGGGCACGAUCCGCGACCAGCUGCCACUGUGGUUAACGAUCUGGGUGGAUCCGUGCGAGGUCAGCUACCGCGUAGGAGAGCGCGGCGAGGUCGUGUCUCUGUGGCAGGAGAAUCAACAGCAGCACCUGCAACUCCGCCCCAAGGAGCACAAGUCGAACAGGAAACAGCACAAGAACAAGGUGAGCAAGUCGCUGGUACGCUGGAACAAUCAGAAACCGCCGCAACAACAGCAGCAAAUGUCAUCAUCAUCGCCCUCGUCUUCUGCUUCCUCCUCCUCGUCCACCGAGUCGUCGCGAUCGCCGUCGGUAACAUCUUCGGCAUCUCCAUCACCGCCGCUGAGGAGCACUUCACCCAGCACCCCCUCACCAUCGCCAGCAAUGAUGCAUUCACGAAGUCCGUCACCGCCCUCAUCCAUCCAGUACGGAUCGCGCCGAGAGCAGCAGUCGAGCACGCCUCCACCGCCAUCCUACGGCAUGCCUGGCAGCUGGAGGCGCUUUUCUCUGCUCGACUUCAAGCCGACGGCCGACCGGGAAGUCGAGGCCGCCAACGCAACACGUGCAUCAGUAGCGAGGGAGUGCGCCGACAAGUCUGCUCUCUGGUCCACGGUGUCGCUAAGCAACAGCAGCACUUGGGACGACAGCAUGUCCUUCUUGCCGUCGGACGAUUCCGGUGUGGGCACGUCACCCUCGACGAGCCCACUCAUGUCUCCUGACUCCGCCAGCCCUGGCAAGCCGUACAACUGCGAUUCGUUCUGGGUGAAAGCCGUGAGCCAACUGGACAUCGACGCAUCUGCUACCCACUCCGCCGACACUUAUAGCCUGAGAAACUCCAUGGCAAGCCGUCGUUCGUACUUCAACACCAGCAGCGACAGCAGCAGCAGCGGCAACACAUCCACAAACCACACGGCCGCCUACUGAUGUUCUGAUGCUUGCAAUCCGCCGACGGGCACCAUACAAACGGCCAUCGGCACGUGUGAGCUCUAGCCCGCAGUGUUGUAAGUACGCCUAUUGCCUGCCUGUUGUGUUGUCACUGAAGAAUCCGUGCUGCCUGUGUGUCAGUGACGUUGGGAUGUGUUGAUGUAUGCCAUGCGCUGCUUAGAGUUUUCAAGGGACCCCGGCAUUGCUAGCUUUCCCCCCGUCCAUUACCAACCAUGGACCACGUUACCAGCUGGAGUAGGACUAGAGAUGAAUGUUGCCUAAGACCGUGUUAGUGCUGUACCAACAGCUCUCUAUCUUUCUCUUUCCCUCCAACAGCUUCUUAGGGAGCCGGUAUUAUUACAAUUGGUUUGCUUUGUUUUUUCCUAACCACACUUUGACAUUCCGUGAUGUGCACAUAUCUGCGCAAGCACGUCAGAUUUCACCGUUACGUUCUACUGGCAUACUCACUCACCCUAACCUGCAAUAUCGCACUCCCUGUUUCAUUGCAUAUGUGUGAAUCUUCUUCCCUUGUUGUCCUCCCCCUCCCCCUC